AUGUCUUAUCAAACAAGAAGAUUAUCCGACCCGCCGGAUUACUUCAAUAAACUAACUACCAAACAAAAACGAAACUGGCGAAAAAUAACCAAAAAAAUUGAGAAAAAAGAAGAACUACGCACUCGAUAUCGACCAUUUCAAUCAUCAUCAAACAUCACGGUUAUCCAUCUCCAUUACAAAUCAACAAUUAAUAUUAUUGAUGAACUGAUAACAAAAGCAAAACAAACAACAAGAUAUGUACUUGAUACAGAAUCGGAAAAGGGCGAACAGAACAACCAAGGUGCCUUAAUCCAAAUACAAUUUGUACAUUCGAUCAGCCAAUCGACAAUAAUAUUAAUCGAAACGAAUUAUUUACCUGAUCCACAGUCAAUAUUAUUUGCACGGAUAGAAGAAUUAUGUUCGAUUAUCUUUAGAAACAAUAAUGAAAUUAUAUCCUGGGGAACAAUUGCCGAAGAAUUCGAACCUUUUCAUUAUCUCGGACUCAUUCAUCUAGGUAAGAACAUUGACGAUAUAAAUUUACAAUCUCGCUUUAGUGAUUGGAAAAACAACUCUAAAACGCAUCCAGAAAUGGAGAGAUGUGAUGAGAUAACCGGCCACGUACCAUUAGAUAUGUUGGAUAUAUCCGGUGACGAUGAUGAUAUGGACGAUGAACAACCAAAUUAUAAUUUUCAAGUUAAUACUCAUCAGCAAAGGUCAAACAUUGAAUCGUCAUUACAAGCUGCAUUUGCAGCAACACUCGAUAAAUUCCUCGAUAAAACCGAAAUCAUCAAUCACUGGAAAUGUGGGCUCGACUUCGAACUCAACACGUGGCAGAACAAACUAUUCAGCCGCAACCGAUACGACAAACAAAUAGAACAAACUAAACGUUUGAAAAUGAAACAAUAUGCAACUGACGAUUGUACAUAUGUGGCUGAGAUAUUUUUUACAAUGUAUCCAUCGAAGAUAAACCACGACAACGAAGUCAAAAAUGAAAUUCCGCCGGCAACAAUAGAAACAACAACAACCCGACGAACUAUACUUGAUCUACGCGAUGAUUUAUCUGACAUCAGCGAAGACGAAUUAAUCGAAAUUCUCAAACCGAAAUUCGACAAACCACAAACCACAUUACAAAUAUUAAAUGAAGAACCCGCAACAUUAACAAUUCAAGCAACAGCCGAAGAAAUGAACGAAUUCAACUUAACUGAUGAACAACCACAACAAUCACAAACAACCACGACAACAACUGUAAUAAAAGCUGAACGACAAAAGAAAAAAAACAUCAAACUAAAAUGGAAACAAACAUCACCCCAACUUUCAAAACAAAAUUAA